GGAUGACAGCCGGAGUGUUGUUCUGUAGCUCGCUUCUUAAUCUGGCAAACAAGCCUUCUCCAUCAACUUAUUCGCUUUCUUCACGUCAGCUUUUUCAUGGCAGUCGAGGAGAUGCCUUCAAAUUCAACAGGAUUAACAGCAGCAGAAGCAGAUGCUCGGAAAACUUGAUAACAGUAAGAAAAAACAAGGAUGGGAAAUUUACAAACAUAGCAACGACGGUACCUUCGUCUACGGUGUUGUGUAAGGCCCAGAAGGUCACAACCUCUAAACAGCCCUCUGAUGAAGAUGGGGAUAGUAAUGGCAUUCGAAGAAGAUCCCUGCAAUUCCUCCUUUGGGCUGCUGAGGGUGUCUAUAUCUUGUGGCUCUUUCUCCUUCCUUAUGCCCCGGGGGAUCCAGUAUGGGCAAUCAGUUCAGAUACUCUCAAUUCUCUUGUGGGCCUUUCUCUCAACUUCUUUUUCAUUUUGCCUUUAAUGAACUAUGUUGGCAUUCAUCUGAUUGAAGCACCAGUGCUUCACCCAAUGUCCGAAGGAUUAUUUAAUUUUGUGAUUGGGUGGACCUUCAUGUUUGCACCUUUGCUUUUUACGGAUUGCAAGCGGGACAGAUACAAGGGAUCUCUGGACGUAUUAUGGGGCUUUCAGAUGUUCCUUACAAAUACGUUCUUAAUACCUUACAUGGCGAUCCGGCUCAACGAGGCUGAUGCUGAAUAUGCUCCUGGGAAACCUUCCCAACUGGGUUCCAUGAUGACAAAUUGCGCAACUGUUGUUGGACUUGUUGGUGGUGCUGUUUGUUUGGUGUCUAUAUUAUGGAGCCUCUUUGGCAGAAUGGAUGCUGACUUUGGGAAUGUGACAGAAAGGUUGGACUUCUUAAUAAGCUAUCUGGGAUCAGAGAGGCUUGCUUAUGCCUUCAUAUGGGAUAUCUGUCUCUACAUCAUAUUUCAGCCUUGGUUGAUAGGUGACAACCUACAAAUUGUCCAACCAAGUAAGGCUCACAAAGUGAGUAAACUCAGAUUUAUCCCAGUGGUAGGGUUGGUGGCCUACCUUUUUAGUUUGGAAACUGAUAUAGAGGUUUAGUUAGAUGUAAACUAUGAUUGGAUCUUGCACUAUAUGAUGAUUAAGUUGGCAUUGUAACCA